AUGAGUGCAGUUGAAAAAUUGACCGCCGAGCUCAAUUCAGAGCGACAAAAGCUAGCGCUUUAUGAAAAAAAUUUGCGAAUAGCAGUAGAAAGUUGCAAAGCUUUAAAAGCGGAAAAGGAAAAUCUAUCGAAUAUUAUAGCAGGUUUUGUCGGCGAAAAUGACAAGCCCGCUAGUGAUAUUGAAAAACUGAGGCAACAAGUCGCAGAAUUAACGAAAGAGUUCCAAAGUAAAGAAAAUGCUUUAAUCUUAGCUCGAACUACAGUAUUAAAAGAAAACACUGAUCUUAAACAGAAAUUAAAGCAGCUUCAGUCUUCGAAUUCCUCAUCCGCAAAUAAUGAAAACGGGGGACAAUUCAUGGUUGCUGAGUUGGAGCAGAAACUGAGAAAGGAGAUAUCGAUAAAUAGAAAGUAUGAAAAACGACUGCAGCAGUUGGAAGAGCAGAUCAAGCAAAAUGGAUCGAUGGAUCUCAAAAUCGAGAAAAUGAAUAAAACGUUGGAAGAAGAGCGCGAGCAAUUCAAAAAACUUUACGAAGAUGCUCAUGGUAGAUCAAUAUACUUAGAAAGAAAACUUGCUUCAUUGCAACUUGAUCAAAAGAAAAGUGCUGCAGAAGCACCAAAAGAAAAUUCAAUAGAUCCUGGAAAACGAGAAGAUGAUUUUCGAGUUAUAAAGCUUGAACAUCAAAUAAUGAUACUCUCCGAGCAAUGCGACAAGAGAGAAAACGAAAUUAUCGAGCUUAAUGCGCUUGUGAGCAAACUGAAAGCUGAAAAUGCGGAUCUUCGAGAGCAACUGAAUAAAGUUGAAAUUUUGCCUAAUGUUGCAACACAAGAGGAGAAAAGUUUUAUAGACUUGAUGAAUGAAGAAUACUUAACGUUUAGACAAUCCAAUUUAUCUCCAUUAGACUUUUGUUGUGGCAUUUUGCGUGAUGACAUUUCGGAAUUAAUCAAAAAUGCCCAGAGUGUUUCUGAAGACUCCGAACAGCUUAAAAUGUUGCAAUCUCGAACGAAACAGUUAGAAAAAACAGUUGAGCAAUUAAAUGCAAAGCUUGAAGAAGAAGAUGCCAUUAAGACCGAAAUAACUCGAAAGUUGAACAAGCUUGACAAGAUUAUUGAACAAAAAGACGAAUUCAUUCUGCAAGUGAAAGAGGAAGUCAACAAAUUGAAGAAUAAUUUGAUGGAUGAGAAAAUAAAAGGAAACGAACUUGAAAACGAGGUGUCGAAACAAAGACAGAGAGCGCAGGAGGAAAUCGAUUCGAGAGACCGAGAGAUCGAAGCUUUUAGAAAAAUGUUAGUAAGUUUUCGAAAUGAGAAAAUGGAAAAAUCACAAUCAAGCCGCAAAUUAUCGAGACACAACAGGUCAACAACGCCAGAAGAAGAUGUAUCGCAUAUAAGAAGAAGUCGAACAUUUUCCCAAGAUGAUUCCAUUGCCGCGGAUCCUGACGCGAAAAAUGUCUAUUACGAAAAUCAAAUCUCCAAGAAAGAGUCUGAUAUUCAGGAUCUGAGAAAGCAGUUAAUGGAUUUGGAAGUGCGUUUGCGGGAAAGUGAAGCAAUUUCAAUGACAAAACAACUCGAGUCAGUAGCAAAAGUAGAUGAACUCACCGAAAAUGUGCGCAAACUCGAAGGAAAACUUCAAAUGUUGUCAUCGUCGAAUGAAAUUGAUUAUCUGCGAAACAUCUUCACACAAUAUUUGCAAACAAUGAGUUCGCCAAAUAUGCAGAGCAAAGCCAUUUUAAAGGCCAUGGGAAGCGUAUUGAAAAAAAUGAGCUAUAAAUACUCGCGCCUCAACGAGCAAGAAACACUUGAAGAUGGAGCAUCGACUCAACAAAUUUUGCAGAGACAGGAGAAAAUCAUACGCGAUCAAGAUGUGGAAUUAGAAUUGGUCAGUAACUCUGUCAGAACACUUAAGGGAAUGAGCGCACAAAUUGGAGACGAACUGGAGGAGCAAGCAAUAAUGUUGGACGAGCUUGGGCAAGAUAUGGAGCACGUUGAUACAAAAUUGGAUGGUGUUAUGAAAAAAAUGGCCAAGCUAGCCCAUUUGGAAGACGAUGCUAGCCAGUGCAAAAUGAUCUUCAUUCUCAGCGCUCUUUUGUUUUUUCUCCUCUUUGUAUUAAUUGUCUUAGGAUAUAUUGUGUUUUGUCCAUGCAUGGGAAGGUUUGGAAAUCAAGUCGAUCAACUUCUCGGAGUAAUGGAGUUCGCAAAAUCAAUUGAUCGGCUUUUAGUUUUGCCGAAUUUUAUUGAGUAUGAUUAUCCAAACACGAAAAUAGUACCGUUUGAAAAUAUUUUCCAAAUUUCAUAUAUUGAGCAAUACGUUCAUACAAUAAGCAUGUUUGACUUCGUAAGAAACGUUGCACCGAGAAUCUGGCCACAAGAAAAACGUUUAGCAUUCUGCUGGACACCGAAGAAAUCGAUUUACAAUAAAACUGCUCCCGAUGGAUGCCAUGCUAAAGAAGGAUCACCAUUUGGCCCAUAUUGGGAUAAAUUCAAGAUUGAAUUUAUUGGCGAUGAAUAUUUCGCCGACAUCCCUGGUGGUUUUGAUACAUCUCAAAUGGGUAAUAGAAAAGGAUGGAUGAAAAAGUAUCCGAUUGAAGAAUAUCGUGUUCUUGCAUUCCCAAGCGCUCCUGCUCCAUUUCCUUCGAAAGCUAAGCAUUGGCCAUUGCAAAAGCAUCUUGUUUGGAAUUCUAGAAUUAAACAGGAAGCAAAAAAAUUUAUUGACAAAAACCUUCGUCGUCCAUAUCUUGGCGUUCAUUUACGAAAUGAUAGAGAUUGGCUUCGAGUUUGUGAGCAUAUUGAUGAAAAGAAAAAUCUUCCGCUGUUCGCCUCAGCGCAGUGUCUUGGAGAAGGUCAUCAUAAAGGGAUUCUCACAAAGGACAUGUGUUUACCUAGUCCAAAAGAUGUAAUUGAUCAAAUAACUGAUCAAGUGGGAUUGAUAGGAGCCAAGUCUGUAUUUGUAACAAGUGAUCGCGACCACAUGCUUUCAGAAAUCAAUGCGGCGUUGCAAGCAUAUGACGUUAAAGCUUAUCGUCUCGAUCAAGAAGAUAUGUAUGUAGCUUUGGUUAUUCUCGGCCAAUCUGAUAUGUUCUUGGGAAAUUGUGUUUCAACAUUCUCUCAUAUUGUUAAACGCGAAAGAGAUCAUAUGCAUUCAAUGAAACUGCCAUCAACAUAUUUUGGAAUGCCUACAAUCAGAGAACAUUUUGAAUUGUAA